CCUUCUGCUUGACUAAUAAGAGAAGGUAAGACAAGGAGCUCUCCGGAGACCACCAUCACUACCACAACAACAAUCAUGUCUUGCCAGCGUUAUUCUCGUCUUGUGCUCUCUGGAGCAGCAGCUAUGAGGACUGUCACCCAUCAACAGAUAUGUUGGUCGACAAGAAGAGAGAAGACUUGAAGAUGCAAGAGCCAAGAGACAACCUGUCGAUCACAGGUGAGGAGGAACUGUAAUAACUGUAACAAGCGGGGUCUGAGCCUCGUGUCCUGCGCCAGACAGCAAGUCACCAUCAAGGAGAGUCCUGUCUCAGGUGCCGCUCGCUCUCCCGCCCUCAAGGGAAUCACACCUUCAGCCAGCCACCUGGUGGCGUCUUUACCGGACCAGGAGGGCCUCAACGUCAAGUUCGGUGACGGGAGUGCCAGCCAGAUGCCGUACGUGUGGCUCCGUGACAACUGUCAAUGUUCCAAGUGUUACAAUCCCGUGGCAUUGGGGAGGAGCUUCCUCUUGGAGGACCUCGACGUCAACGUCCACGCCACCAAAGUUCAGGAAAGUGAAGACGGGGUGGAGAUAGAGUGGAGUGACGGUCACAGCAGCCAGUUCACAGCAGAGUGGCUGUAUGACCGAGCCUUUACGACCUCCGCUCGAGCACAGCAGCGUAACAGAUACGCUCUCAGCAGGGAGCCAUGGGGAGUGGAGCACAAGCCAGCAGAGUUCGACUACCAGACUCUGAUGGAGGACGAGAAGGUGCUGCUGGACUGGCUACUGACGAUGGAGACGAAGGGAUCCGCCUUAGUGAAGAACACACCAAACAGGGACGUGGCCGGACCUGACCUUAUCAACAACAUCUCCUUCGUCAAGCAGUCCCACUACGGACCUCACUCACCAGUCAUCAACAGAGAAAACACCAACAACGUCGCCUUCACCAACGUUAAGCUGGGCAUGCACAACGACCUAGCCCAGUAUGAGCAAAUGGCCGGGAUCAUCUUCAUCCAGUGCGUGAUGCAGCACCAGGGGAAGGGAGGUGAGAGCGUCAUCAGCGAUGGUCUCUUAGCCGCCGAGUGCCUGAGGAGGGACCACCCAGAGGCCUUCCAGGUGUUGACCACCACCGACGCCUACUUCUGGGACAAGGGCCACGCUAACUUCCCCUGGGAGAUGGAGAGCUUCUUUAAGAUAUCCAAGAGGCCGAUAAUAACGCUAAACAACGACAACGAAGUCGUGUGUGUGGCAAUGAACAACGGCGUCCGUCAAUCAUACCUCGACCUUCCCUCCCACAAGGUCAAGAAAUUCUACGCUGCCCUGAAGCUCUUCAACGACAUCCUCUACGACAAUGCCAUCAGGUUCAAGAUGGAGGCGGGUGACAUGAUGACGCUGGACAACAUACGCUGCCUACAUGGUCGUGAGGGCUAUGAGGACUUCAGUCCGCGACACAUUGAGUCUUCCUACCUGGACUGGGACGAGGCUCGCUGCCGCCGACGUCGCCUUCAGGAGAAACUUGAACUCUUCGUGUAAAACAAAGCCUCUUGCUGUUGAUCAUCAUUCGUAUCACUAAAAUUCAUCGUUGAUGUGAACUGAAGGAAAACGAGAAAAUUUUACGGUUUUGGGAGAAGUUUGAACCCAAGGACGUGUUGCAUUUUAAGAACUUCGUAGAAUUCUUCUUGUUAUGCCUACCAGGUCAGUAUCGCCAUAAAGACCUCUGGUGCAGCUCUUAUCAUGUAAGUUUCGCCUCUAUACUGAUACACAAGUAGUCUUAAAGGCGUCACAUCAACUGUAUUCUUUGUAUUUCAAAUAUCUGAUUUAUAAGUCAGAAUAUUACUGAAAUAUUUACUCUUUAAUAAUCUCCGAGUUUGAUCUUUGAAACAAAUAAUAUAAGCAAUACCUUAUCGCUGUAUUAACAAGAUGUUGUAUUAAUGAAUAUUUAUUGUGUGAUGAAUAGAUCUCUUAUGGUUUGCCAUAUUAUAUAUUUGUCUUAUAGGAAAAUGUA